AGUAAUAAAAUAUUCAUAUUGUUAAUAAUAAGAAAAAUGUUCAAGUUAACUGCAAUUCUGGCUUUAGUGUUUAUUGUGAGCGGCGUGUGGUCGUCGUGCGACUCGUGCGGGCGCGAGUGCAGCGCGUCGUGCGGCACGCGCCGCUUCCGCGCGUGCUGCUUCAACUAUCUGCGCCGGAAGAGGGCGCCACAUGCCGUACAGCUCCAUUACCGACCUGAAGACAUGAAGGAUAGCAGGCCGAAGAUAGAUCUGCCCCUACUCAUUGUACAGGAGGACCCAAAUACCGACCUAUGGAUGAACAACGUGCUGUCAAGUGAAUAUCCACCCUAUACCUUAGAAGACAUGUUUGAAAAUCGCCUGGAUUGAACUCUGACACAUGUUUUUUUUAAGAAAUUUGGCUGUUUUAUUAAUUAUUAUGACUAUAUUAUGUACUAGCGACCCGCCCCAGCUUUGCAUG